ACAAAAAGUUUACGAUCUUCACUCAAUCAAAGAUAGCUAUGCGUCUUACAAUACAAACAAAUUUGUAUCAGUUCCCCUUGUGCUUUCAUUCAUCAGCGUUUUAACCAAGACCCUGCUAGUAAAUCCUCACGCGCAGUGCAGCAGUGUGCAGAAAGUUAACGUCAAACAAACUUUAUCCGGCUGCUGCUCGACCCUCCACAGGUACCAAGCAGCCCCUCAACGAGCUCUAGACAUCUGUGCGGUCGCUUUAACUGUCAAUUCGAUGUCGCAGUGGACAAAUUUCAGCCAUAUUCGCGAAAGGAUCCUGUAGUUCCCCUAGGAAAGACGACGACGACGCGUAAACUCUGGAAGUAAACCUACAGUACGCGGCUGGAAAGCGGGACUGUCUUCGGAUUACAGACAUAUUUAUUAUUGUCACUUCGUUUCAUCUCGCUUUUGAUUCGGAGGAAACAUGGCUCGAAUGCUGAGCAAGGAGCUGCCUGAUAUCGAGAGUAUCCUGGCCUUGAACCCUCGGGUCCAGACUCACGCUGCACUCCUCUCUACUAGAACGAAGAAAAUGGAGAAAAAACAGUGGAAAAGAAAUGCAGAGAAAGGUUGUGAGAGCUGCGUGAAGCUGGAGAACAAUUUUGAUGACAUCAAACACACGACUCUGAGUGAGCGUGGAGCACUUCGCGAAGCGGUGAGGUGUUUGAAGUGUGCAGAUGCACCGUGUCAGAAAAGCUGCCCCACCAAUCUGAACAUUAAGGCCUUCAUCACUAGUAUAGCAAACAAGAAUUAUUACGGAGCAGCAAGAGCCAUUUUGUCAGACAAUCCGCUGGGUUUGACGUGCGGGAUGGUGUGUCCCACUUCAGACCUGUGUGUCGGAGGAUGCAACCUGUAUGCGUCUGAGGAAGGACCCAUCAACAUUGGAGGACUGCAGCAGUUUGCUACUGAUGUGUUCAAACAAAUGGGUGUUCCUCAGAUCCGAAAUCCCGAUCUCCCGCCCCCAGACCAGAUGCCUGAGAUCUAUCACUCUAAAAUAGCUCUGAUUGGCUGCGGCCCCGCCAGCAUCAGCUGCGCCUCUUUCCUGGCUCGCUUGGGCUAUGACAACAUCAGCGUUUUUGAGAAGCAGAGGUUCAUUGGAGGACUGAGCUCUUCUGAGAUCCCGCAAUUCCGCCUGCCGUACGAUGUGGUGCAGUUUGAGGUGGAUUUGAUGAAAGACCUUGGAGUGAAGAUUGUCUGUGACCGAGGACUCGGCCAAGACGGAAUGACGCUCCUCUCGCUGAAAGAGGAGGGCUAUAAAGCUGUGUUCAUCGGAAUCGGGAUGUGCGGUUGUGUCUCUGCUCUGCCUGAUCUGUGUGGGACUGUGAUUGUUCUGGGUGCUGGAGACACGGCUUUUGACUGUGCCACGUCUGCCCUUCGCUGCGGAGCCCGCCGGGUGUUUGUGGUCUUCAGAAAGGGGUUCACUAACAUACGAGCAGUUCCUGAGGAGAUGGAGCUUGCGAAAGAGGAGAAAUGUGAGUUCCUGCCGUUUCUGUCUCCUCGUGAGGUGUUGCUGAAGGGAGGUAGAGUGCACGGGAUGGAGUUCUGUCGAACUGAGCAAACAGAGUCUGGUCAGUGGGUAGAGGAUGAGGAGCAGAUCAUACGACUGAAGGCUGACUUUAUCAUCAGUGCUUUCGGCUCCAUGAUGAAGGACCCUGCUGUGAUGGAGGCCAUGGCUCCCGUCAGGUUAAACAGAUGGGGUCUUCCAGAUCUGGACCUAGAGAGCAUGCAGACCAGUGAGCCAUGGGUGUUCGCUGGGGGCGAUGUGGCCGGUCUGGCUAAUACCACCGUGGAGGCAGUCAAUGAUGGAAAACAGGCCUCCUGGCACAUGCACAAAUACUUGCAGUCUAACUUCGGGCUGAUGGUCAGUGGUCCGCCUCGGCUGCCACUCUUCUACUCCCCCAUAGACACUGUGGAUAUCAGUGUGGAGAUGUGUGGCAUCACAUUCCCCAAUCCAUUCGGUCUGGCCAGCGCUCCACCAACCACCAGUGCCGCCAUGAUCCGCAGGGCCUUCGAGCAGGGUUGGGGAUUCGCCCUAACUAAAACCUUCUCAUUGAACAAGGAUUUGGUUACUAAUGUGUCUCCACGAAUUGUUCGAGGAAGCACUUCUGGUCCCUUAUUUGGUCCCGGUCAAGGAUCUUUCUUGAACAUCGAGCUGAUCAGUGAGAAGACGGCGGCGUACUGGUGCCAGAGUGUGAGAGAACUCAAAGCCGACUUUCCAGAUAAUAUUGUCAUAUCCAGCAUAAUGUGCAGCUACAACAAAGCUGAUUGGACCGAGCUUGCCAAAAUGGCAGAGGAGUCUGGCGCUGAUGCCCUGGAGCUGAAUCUAUCAUGUCCUCAUGGAAUGGGGGAGAGGGGAAUGGGGCUCGCCUGUGGGCAGGAUCCAGAGCUGGUGAGGAACAUCUGUCGCUGGGUUCGCCAGGCUGUUCACACCCCGUUCUUUGCCAAACUCACUCCUAAUGUGACCAACAUCGUGGACAUUGCCAAAGCUGCGCAGGAAGGUGGAGCAGAUGGAGUCACAGCCACCAACACGGUUUCAGGGCUGAUGGGACUGAAGGCAGACGGCUCUCCCUGGCCCGCCAUCGGCCGCGGACGACGCUCCACAUAUGGUGGAGUGUCUGGAAAUGCCAUCCGGCCAAUCGCAUUGCGUGCAGUUUCUGCCAUAGCGAAAGCUCUACCGGAUUUUCCUAUAUUGGCCACCGGGGGCAUCGACUCUGCAGAGUCUGCAUUACAGUUCCUUCAUGCAGGAGCCACAGUAUUACAGGUGUGCAGUGCAGUACAAAACCAGGACUUCACCGUGAUCGAGGACUACUGUACGGGUCUGAAAGCUCUGCUCUACCUGAAGAGCAUUGAGGAGCUGCAGGACUGGGAUGGUCAGUCGCCUCCUACGGUUCGUCACCAUCGAGGAAAGCCUGUACCCCUACUGGAAGAAUUUAAAGGAAAGUGUCUGCCCAGUUUUGGCCCGUACCUGCAGGAAAAGAAGGAGGUGAUUGCGAACCACAAAAAGAAAUUGAAAAACUACAGCAACAAUCCUGUUUCAUUAGACAAAACAAGAGUCUAUACUCUCAAGGCUCCUGCACCAAAAGUUAAAGAUAUGAUCGGCAAAGCCCUGAAACACAUCGGUGCUUAUCAGGAGCUCAACAUUCAGGAGCAAGUGCAGGCGUUGAUCGAUCCGGAGAUGUGCAUUAACUGUGGGAAGUGUUACAUGACCUGUAACGACGCUGGAUAUCAGGCCAUUGUGUUUGACCCGGACACUCAUCUGCCCAGUGUUCAGGACAGCUGUACCGGCUGCACCCUCUGCCUCAGUGUCUGUCCUAUCAUCGACUGCAUCCGCAUGGUGGACCGGACAGCACCUUACGUGCCCAAAAGAGGCCUUGUAGAGCCUGUGUGCUGAACGCUGACAAAACGGAGAAAAAUGUCUAUCACAGCAUCCAAUUUACUCCAGGGGUCUGUAAAAACAGUCAAAAAAAGUCCUCAGUCCUCAAUUUCCCUGGAUUCACAAGUAAAAUGUGUUCCAAUUUUUUGAAAAUUACUGAUGACAUUUCUUUUAAAUUAAAAAAAAAAUCAUUUA